UGAGCUUUGGCUGAGCCUGUGCCAGGGAGAGGAAGAAAAAAAUCCCAAAAGGAAAAAAAAAAACAGUGGAGAGGCAGCCAGUGGAAGAAAACCGUCUGGAGGAACCCCAAAACAGCACCAGUGACAGCAAGGAGAGCACCAAGUCAGGAAGAGAGCACAAUUACUUUGGGCUCAAUGGCUUUCUUCCUCAAACCACGGCCAUGCACGUGGGACCUUGCCCUGGACUACCACACCGCCAAACAGUUUGAAGUGGACGUGACCCUGGAUCCAGCCACAGUGGGUCCAGAGGUGAUCCUCUCUGAAAACCUCAAAGAAGCCACCUGGGGUAGACCUCAGUGCCAGUGGCCCGAGGGUCCAGGCCGCUUCGACACAGAUCCAUGCAUGCUGGGCAGUGAGGGUUUCACCUCGGGCCGUCACUACUGGGAGGUGGAGGCCAAUGGACGUUUCUGGGCUGUGGGGGUGGCCCGUGAGUCAGUUCAGAGGAAAGGCCGGGUCCUCUUCAAGCCCAACACUGAAAUCUGGGGUUUGCAGAAGUAUGAUGAGCUCUGUGUUGCCCUCACAGCUCCGUCCAACACCUCUGUCCCUCUCCUCAAUGGGGAGAUUGGGGUCUACCUGGACUACGAGGUAGGACAGGUUUCUUUCUACGCCGUCAGCCGCCGCCAACGCAUCUUCACUUUUCCUGUGGCCUCCUUCAGUGGGGAGAAGGUCUUCCCCUACUUUUGCGUGCUCCUUUCAACCAUUAAACUGUCCCCCAAGGGCUGAUGCCCUGGAAGGAUCCUCCCAAAAGCUGGUUGCAUCAUGGUGGUUGUAAAUGCUUGUUGAUACUCCCCAACUCUUAUUUUCCAAGUCUUGGACUCAUUUCUAACUCAGUUCAUGGUCCUACCUCCAUCUUAGAUGUCUCUGUUUUGGGUUAUGUCCAGGGGGUUUUGGGUCUGAGCUCAGCACUGCUUAUAUCAAGUUUUUAAAUUCAUACAAAGCUCAUUAACUGAAGCUGGGCUUCCCUGAGCUAGUUUUGAGCUAAAAACUUCACUUUUUCCCCCAAAUUCAGCUUCCUCUGAAGGUUCUUUUUGCUGACCUUAGUGCCUGUGAUUGGCUGGUCUUCUAGCACAAAUUAAAAAUCUUACUUUCUGUAGGAUUUGGAUUAAUACCAGCCACUGUGCCUUAUAUUAAAACUGAUUUUAUCAUCACCAGGAUGAGCUCACACCCACUGCCCCUACUCUUUUCCUCUGCUGUUCCGCACGCUUGAGAUGUAUUUCCAAGUACUUAAUAUGUAAAUAUG